GAAGGAAGAAAGCAGUCGGGGUAGAUGGAGGGUGUUGAAAGGGAGUUUAGGGUCCCGAGUUUCAGUAGAAAAGGGGAGGACGAGAGAAUAUGAACGCCGCUCCAAGGUUUCAGAAGAGGACAGAAACAGAUGCGCGCUCUUGCAACGGAUGUUUUUCUCUCUCUGCUACUGCCUUAUCCUGAAAUGACUCAAAGAAGGCAAGGAGGAUCUUAGCUCCUCUGCGACCACCUGUCUCUCCCAAACCUGCGCUGCCUUACUAUUGAAUGUUCGGCCAACAGCCCACCCGGAAGAACGCGUGCGCGCGCACACGCACAUUGAGGAGAGGGGAGCAUUGUUUUUACAAGUAGAAAACUGCCUUUUUUUUCCCUUCUUUUCACUCCCCUCCCCCUUUGUUUACGUCUCUCCCCAGAUCUCCUUAGUUCACGCGCACUGCGUGUAAGUUGGUGCAAAUCCCGAUAGCUUUAAGAAGGCUUCAGCAUCUCUCCUUCACCUAUCCUUUCCUCUCCUCCAGCUAUGGGGCUAACUUGGGGUUCCUAGUAGUUAGCGGGUUCUCCGGCAAAACUCUGGCCAGAUGAUGGUUUAAAACAAACAAACAAAAAACAAGGUAUCAAACUGAGUUCGAGGGGGGCGAAAGGGUGAUAUAAAGAAAAAGAAAGGAACAAAAAGAGCAAGGAAAAAGAGGAGAGAAGAAAGAUGCGUUUCCGCGAGGACGGAGUGAGCAGUCUGUGCCAGAAGGCGCUGCACAUCGUAGCGGAGCUCUGCUUCGCUGGCCAAGUGGAGUGGGAGAAAUGCUCUGGCAUCCUCCCGCGAAAUAACGCCAACCAAGGUGGAGACAGUACAGAUAUCUCUGUCAGUCUUUUAGCUAUAGUAGUCAGCUUUUGUGGACUGGCCUUGCUGGUAGUCUCACUCUUUGUCUUCUGGAAACUCUGUUGGCCACGUUGUAGAAACAAACUUAUUUCCAAUGUCAGUGCCCUGCCACAGAGCAUCUCAAGUACUCCAGUUUUUGAGAUUGAGGAAAAAGAAGAGAAAAAAGAAAAUGAGAUGUCCUCUCUACAAAUUGAGUCUGCCAUGAAAAUCAGCCAUACUUCCCCAGAUAUACCCACUGAGGUACAGAAUACUUUGAAAGAACAUCUCAUUAAACAUGAACCUCUCCAGAGACAGACCACUGAACCCACAUCUUCAUCCAGGCAUAAUUCCUUCAGGAGACAUCUACCAAGGCAAAAACAAGUGUCCAGUGUUGAUUUUUCUAUGGGCAUAGAACCAGUUUUAUGGAGGGGACAAACAACUACCAGCAUUGGGAGAAUAAAACCUGAGCUCUAUAAACAGAAGUCAGUUGACUCUGAGAGCAGCAGGAAAGAAGAUGUCAAAACUUGUGGGAAACUUAAUUUUACUCUCCAAUAUGAUUACGAAAAUGAACUACUUGUUGUUAAUAUUAUCAAAGCCUUAGAUUUACCUGCGAAAGACUUUACAGGAACAUCUGACCCCUAUGUGAAAAUAUAUCUUCUUCCAGAUAGGAAAAAGAAGUUUCAGACCCGAGUACACAGAAAGACUUUAAAUCCUUUAUUCGAAGAAACCUUUCAAUUUCCUGUAGCCUAUGACCAACUGAGCAACAGAAAACUACACUUGAGUGUAUAUGAUUUUGACAGAUUUUCUAGACAUGACAUGAUUGGGGAAGUGAUUCUGGAUAAUUUUUUUGAAGUCUCUGAUCUUUCCAGGGAAGCUACAGUGUGGAAAGAUAUUCAUUGUGCAACUACCGAAAGCAUAGAUCUGGGUGAAAUCAUGUUUUCCCUUUGUUAUUUACCUACGGCUGGACGAAUGACAUUAACAGUCAUCAAGUGCAGAAAUCUCAAGGCAAUGGAUAUCACAGGUUCAUCAGAUCCAUAUGUAAAAGUGUCACUAAUGUGUGAGGGUCGAAGAUUAAAAAAAAGAAAAACAACUACCAAAAAAAAUACUUUAAAUCCAGUUUAUAACGAAGCCAUCAUUUUUGAUAUUCCUCCUGAAAAUGUGGACCAAGUCAGCCUCUUGAUUGCUGUCAUGGAUUAUGAUAGGGUAGGACACAAUGAGGUAAUAGGAGUAUGUAGGACAGGACUUGAUGCUGAAGGUCUUGGAAGAGAUCAUUGGAAUGAAAUGCUAGCCUAUCACAGAAAACCAAUAACUCAUUGGCAUCCAUUGCUAGAAUUACCUGGACGAGCUACUAGUUUUGAUAGUCAAGGAUCUUGUUCAUCUCCCAAAAAACUACCCUCCACACCUUAGUAUCUUCAGACUAAAGUUGACAUAGCAACCAGGAGUAUAUCUUCAUCAUUAUCUACAAAAAGAGAUUGUUUGGCUUCCUUGUCUGAAUAAUAUGUAUAGUAUUCUAUUGAGUUAAUAUUGUUUCUCUUUCUAUUUUGCCUUUGUCUUACUGAUUAUAAUAAUUUAAUAUUUCAGAAGGAGAUAGAAGAAACAUUUCUUCUUUAUUAUUCCUGUUAUUGUGUUGUUAUUAUUAUUGUUAAAGGACUAUACCCUAUUAGUCUAAAUAGUAUUUCUAGAAUUUGUACUACUUUAUAUAAGUAUUUAUAUCAGAUACAAAUAAUAAAUUCUUUCUCAGUAAAAUACAUAACCAUACAGUUAUUGUUAAAGGUAGCAUAAUAGUUGUAUGACUAUAGUUUUAGAUGCUGUAAUUAUAUGGACAACUGAGUGAACUUAGAAAAGUCAUUUAAACUUUAUAAGCGGAGUAGGUUUCCUUGUCCUUAAGUUGAAAAUUUUUUUACCAUUGUUUUUUCUACCUCUGAUGUCCUAUGUUUUCAUUUUGUACUCUCUCCAUUAAUAAAUAAUGUAAGUUUGAAGUUUAUUGUAAAAUUCUCAAGACAGUUAUCAUUUUCCUUAACUGUAGUCUUGAUGUUAUUUUUUUGGUGUUAUACUAGACAUUUCAUCUAUUCUCUAGAAGUUUUUGAUCUCUUGCAGAGAUUGUGGUGUUGAUAAAAUAGAAAUUUUUUAAACUUCAAAAUUACAUUUAAUGAUUUAAAAAACUAUCUUGACUAUAACUUUAAGACCUAAUUAGUAGACAGAAAAUGGAGUUUCCUUAACCAAAUUAGCCCAUUUAGCUAGCAUUGAUUUGUAUUAUCCUGUUUUCAAUUAACUAUUUUUGAACAAAGAUUAAUAUUCUUAGAGAGGAAUGAAAUCAGUCUGUCUUUUAAAAUUGCUCUUGUAAAGUUCUCACUGAAUUUCAUGUGAAUUUUUUGUAAUAUGACUAUAUACAUGUACACAUACACAAAGUUCUCACAAUGCUAUCUGUAUUCUUUCUUUUCUAUGAGUGUAUAAACAAUGAUGAUUACUUUUAAUACUAAUAAGGAAAUAAACAAUGGAAUUAUGUA